AUGUUACUAGUCUGCGUCAAAAUGUUUUCAAUCCUGCUGUUGUCGACUUUUCUUCGUUUGGUUGCUGCUCCUGAAGUAGAACCCAGCCAAGUACUCAGCGAACUUAAUCUCAUCCUGCGAUCUGAACUUAAUGUGUUCGUAGACUUUGAGGAUUUCUCUAGCUUCUUGAAUUUAAACCUGGAUACACCCAGGAUACAACUAAGCUCCCGCGAACCCUUCAAUCUUCGCAUCCGUGGGAAUUUUACGGAACAAGCCCUUAUCAUAGUUCAAUUAACGGAUAUAGUACUGGAUAAUGAGGUAUCCAAACUCCUGUCGUGCCUAUUGAAUGAACUCCAUGAGCUGCAUAUAGUGUUUCUAAGCAGAGAGGAUCCAGAAUUAUUCCAAAAGCAGCUCUACAUCAAAUGCUACAGUAUGGGCUUCGUUAAUGUCCUCCUGGUGCAUCUACAGGAUCUCUACAGCUUUUUACCAUAUCCGUCUAUUCAACCGAUAAAGCUCUCAAAUAUCAGCGAUUAUAUAAACAGAGGAAGAGUUUUGAGAAAUUUUCAGGGUUUUCCCGUUCGCGUUCUCAAUAGCACCGGACGCCCUCGCGAUUUUGUCUAUUUCAAUGAACGGAAUGAACUUGUCCGACAGGGAUAUUUGUUCACAGCCAUUAAGGAGUUUAUAGAUCGUUACAAUGCCACGCUUGUCACUGUUCCUCAGCUCGAAGGGGAGCCAUAUCAAGUGUACCAAGAUAUAUUUGCUAGGUUGCGCAACAAGGAGAUUGACGUGGCCUGUCACAUGAAAGACAGGGAUUGGGAUGUGCAGUCCACCGAGCCUCUAGCGAUCCUCGCUCAAUACUUCAUAGUGCCUCAUUCGAGAUCGAUAUCCAGCUAUUUGUACUACUCCCGACCUUUCAGAUGGUCCCUGUGGCUAGUCAUAGUCUUAACAGUUGUCUACGGCGCCCUAAUGCUCCAUCUGGCAACAGGAAGGCAACGAAACGAGUUCGGCGAGUGUCUACUGCACAGCUUAAGCCACAUCCUCUACACUGGCAACCGAAAUAUCAACAGAGAAGAUUGGAGAGACGUCGUCAUCCAUGUGAUACUAAUGCUAGCUGGAUUCAUUCUCACCAACAUAUACUUAGCCAUGCUGUCCAGUAUUUUGACUUCAGGACUAAAUGAAGCUCAGUACCACACGCUGCAGGAUCUGGCCAAGGCGCCCUACAUCAGUAUCCACGACGAGCUGUAUCAUAGACAGUUACUAGAGACACCGUUCAUACCGGAGGCUCUCCGCCGGAACAGUAUGACCAUGGACAAUUUAACCAUGCUGAUUGCCUACCGCGAUGGACUCAACAGGAACUACAUGUACAUGCUUUACGAGGACCGCCUGGACUUGAUUCUGAUGCAGCAGUACUUGUUGAAGACCCCGCUCUUCGAUUUGGUUCGCCAAGGAGUUGGCUUCACCAUGGAAAACUAUUGUGUGGGCAAUGACUUGCCUUAUAGGGGUAUGAUCAGUGAGUUCAUGAGGAGAGUGAUGGAGCACGGGAUAAACAUAAAGCUGAAGGCGGACGCCUUUAGUGUUAUGAUAAAGUGUGGAUUUUUCACUCUGAUGCGGGACGACGAGCCUCCAGCCAAGGCGUUUGAACUUGAGUUUUAUUACUUUGCCUUUGCACUGUGGGCUGUGGGCCAUUUGUUGUCUUUAGCAGUUUUUGUGAUGGAGAUAUUAAAGUCUAAAUAA